CUUCAAGUGAGUUCGAAAUAUAGGGUACAGAUAAAAGCCAUUAAACAAAUUCAUGGGUUUUUAUUUAUUUUCAUAUUUAGAGGUACCCAGGUGGAAAAGAUAAGAAUCACUGAAGGAGGUCCCUUACCAUUUGCGUACGAUAUUUUGGCACCUUGUUGCAUGUAUGGAAGUAAAACCUUCAUCAAGCAUGCCUCAGGGAUUCCAGAUUACUUCAAGGAUUCUUUACCUGAAGGAUUCACUUGGGAAAGAACCCAAAUCUACGAGGAUGGAGGCUAUCUUACCAUUCACCAGGACACAAGCAUACAGGGAGAUAGCUUUAUUUUCAAGGUUAAAGUCAUCGGUGCCAACUUCCCUGCCAAUGGUCCCGUGAUGCAGAAGAAAACAGCCGGAUGGGAACCAUGCGUAGAGAUGCUUUAUCCACGUGACGGAGUCCUGUGUGGGCAGUCUUUGAUGGCCCUGAAAUGCACUGAUGGUAACCAUUUGACGAGCCAUCUGCGAACUACUUACAGGUCCAGAAAGCCAGCCAAUGCAGUUAAUAUGCCAAAAUUUCAUUUUGGAGACCAUCGCAUUGAGAUACUAAAGGAAGCAGAACCAGGCAAGUUUUAUGAACAGUACGAAUCAGCAGUGGCCAGGUACUGUGAAGCUGCACCAUCAAAGCUUGGACAUCACUAACAAGCAAGGCUAUAAACAAGGCUGUCAGUUUGAUUGGAAACAAAMUCUAARUUGAAGCUAAAAGUUGUAGAACCAUUUUCGUCUGUCUAAUUGGUUAAUUAAAGUUAUAUAGGGUAAUAUAGGGUUGUAUUCAGUCUAGAAUUUGAAAUGUGUGCAAAAAUUCUAAAUAGAAAUUUGUGCCAGGACGGCAAUGACAUGACAUCAUUUCAGAAAAAAAUAUGAGCCUUUGAAUAAAAUUGAA